AAUUUGUUAAAAACUACAACUAAAUUAACUACAUUUAGCGCAAUAUGGCUCUUUCCAUGCAGAAAAGAAAUAAUGUUCGUUUACCUCCAGAAGUGAAUCGAGUGCUGUACGUGCGAAACCUUCCGUACAAGAUAACAUCCGAUGAAAUGUACGAUAUUUUCGGUAAAUAUGGUGCAAUUCGACAAAUCAGAGUUGGAAACACACCCGAAACCCGCGGUACCGCCUUUGUCGUGUACGAGGACAUAUUUGAUGCUAAAAAUGCACGAGAUCAUUUGUCCGGGUUUAACGUUUGUAACCGGUACCUGGUGGUCCUUUACUACCAGUCGACCAAGGCAUUCAAGCAGCUAGAUGUGGACAAGAAACAGGAAGAGCUGGACCAAAUGAAGGCCAAGUACAACAUCAGUACGGAAGAACUAAGAAAAUAAUGUUUAAGCUA